AGUGGCAUGUAUGAUGGUGAGAAUGGUGAGGCGUUACCUUCCCCAUGCAUUGGGGGUGAUGGUGGUGCUGCUCACCAUCAUGCUUCUCUCCCCAUCACCCUCAUGCAUCACAUCACCUGAAGCUGCAAUGCUGCAUGAUGAUUCCCAUUCUCCAAAUCUUGUGCAGUAUGCUCACCAUAUGGUCAGGUGCGGUGAAGAGACUCGUGUAGUGCCGCGCAUCCUUCAGAUGAGGCAGCAGUGGAAGAGAAGCGCCAAGGAGAGCAUGCGGCUCAAGGAGGCUGGCGUCACUGACAAGGUUCUAGACGAGGCGAUCUCGUCGUUCAUCCUGCAGGUGGUGGUAGGUCACGGCGUGCCCUCAACACGUCUCUGCAACAAGGAUCCCUUCACUCUCAAGAGCGCUGGCUAUCUCUCCCAACUCUUUCCUAAUGCAAAGUUCAUAUUCAUGAUCAGAGACGGCAGAGCUACGGUACAUUCCAUCAUAUCUCGUAAGGUAACGAUCACAGGCUUCGAUCUGUCCUCCUACAAACAGUGUCUGCAGCGAUGGAACAGCGCCGUGCAGACCAUGAACCAGCAGUGUGAGGAACUCGGCCCUGAGCGAUGCCUGGCAGUGCACUACGAGCAGCUAGUGCUGCACCCGCGCUCUACGAUGGAGGCGGUGCUGGAGUUCUUCGACCUGCCCUGGGACGAGAACGUCAUGCACCACGAGGAGCACAUCAACAAGCCUGGAGGGGUCAGCCUCAGCAAAGUGGAGCGCUCGAGUGACCAGGUAGUGAAGCCCGUGAACCUGGACGGUCUGACCAAGUGGGUUGGCCAGAUCCCCGAGGACGUCAUCAGCGAGAUGGCCUCCAUAGCCCCCAUGCUGGCCACUCUGGGGUACGACCCCUACGCCAACCCCCCUAACUACGGCAAGGCAGACUCAUUAGUGAGCAACAACACGCGUAAAAUACAGCGCGACUCUUCCUACUGGCAGAGCAAAGCGGAACAGGUCCUCUCUGCCGGCAAGUCUGGCCGGUAGUGCAUUAUUUCACGUAAUUCUAUCUAGCUUGUUCUAGUGGAAACUGUUGAUGCCCCAAUACAGUGUUGCGGGCUAAUUUGAGUGCAGGCAACUUCUGUGCUUUGACGAGUGUUGCGAGUUUUGGCUUGCGCUAAAAAAUUGUUAAGGGUUAUGUCAACAGUUUGGACGAGCGACUGGAAAUUUAAAUAAACAGUUUUGAAAAGGCUCUAUAAGCUGGAUUUCUUAUAAUGAAUAUUGCGAAAUAUUUCUAGCCAGCAUUGAGACCAGCAUUGUAAAAACUUUUAAUACAAAAAUUUUAUUUCGCAUAGCUUUUAAUGAGAAAUUAUAUGGAAUAGUGUUAUCAAAGUGAAUCUUAAAAACUUCUACCGUCGUCUGCUUUUUUCAGUCAGGUUUUCAAUCUGACUGUAAGUGUAUCUAUUUAAGUGUAAAAAACAUUGCUGUUUUUUUUAUCUUAUGCCAAGACGAAAAAAUGCUAAGCAUUUUUGCUCAUGGAAGCGUGCGGUGCUUCCCUUAAACUUGCGAGUUGGUUGCAUUAUUAUGGCUCUGUGACCGCAUCAACUUUAUGAUCUGAAAACGCGAACCCAGCGCUGAUACGUUAACUUUUUGCCAUCUUCAUUAUGGAAAAUAUUAUUAGACCUUGCGACCUUGUGAUGAG